AUGGAUCAACUUGCUGAUUUCCUGCUCAGUGCGCACUGGCAGCAAACGGGCCAGAACACGUACUUUUGCGAUGAUCCGGGAUUGGACACUAUCUGGAUAAAAGUUGCCGAGCAACUCCCUUCCCAGUUGAAGGGUUGCGGGCUGCAGGCGUGGAAAAUUAAGGGAAUAGUAAAGAUGGUCGAGCCAAAGGGAGUUAUUCAAUCAGUGUCGGGAGAAGGCGCUAUUGUUGGCGGCCAGACCUGUCUCAUUAAGAGGGGAAUUAUUCUCACAGGCUCGUUUUAUUUCAUUUUAGCCAUUCCAAAUCAUCCAAUUUCCACAUAA